AGUCUCCAACACGAUCACACGCUGUGAAAACCGCUACGCGCGCGUGAGGGUGGAGGGGAGGGUCUGCAUGCGCGCUCGCGCUCGUGCCCACCUCCUGUCUGCGAUCCGCUCCUACACUACGGUCUAUUCGCUGACUCAGUGCCUUAAGCAGCAUCACCGAACACCUGAAGUGAGCCAACGCAUCCUCUGCGGAGAGACAAAAUCCAUCAGCCAUGGCUAAAACAACCGGUAAGCAUCUUCAGACUGGUCAUGAUGGGAGAAAACAGGUGAAUGGAUGGAUGGAUGGGUGGAUGGGUGGGUGGAUGGACUGUGACGGAUCGUUUCUCGAAGUCGGCCGGGUAUUGUCUACCUGCUGUUGGUGGUGAUUCUGUAAAGCCCUCAUUUAAGAAAUGUUAUUAUUGGUUUAAAAAGGGAUACUAAAACUCAUCUUGACGUUUCUCCAUCUACAUUGGGCCUUUUGUCUCGGCACGAGGGUCUGAUAACGACAGCAAGAAUAACUCCAUCAUCCUCCGUCAUUAGGUUUCUUUAAUGCAUCCUCAUCCUUCUCUUCCAUUUCAUUAUUUGUUUGGAUGUUUAAAUGUGUAGCAGAGGCUCAUUAGUCAGUAUAGAUCGGCUGCAGACAGCUUUAUUUACAACGCCGCACCUGCGCUUCAUGCUACAGCGGCCCCAACAUGCAGCAUAAUGCAGACGGACCCCACCCAAGAUGCUGGGCUGUUCACCGUUUAGCCGACAGAGAAGCAAUGAGACCUUCAAUAAUCUCACUUUUGCUGUAUUCAAACCUCCACAACUGUGACUGGCUAUUUCCAAAGGUGCUUUUGAGUCCUGAAUUUGUCCUGAAGCUGCUCUUUGCUUUGUUUAUUUCAUUGGGAUUGGUGCUGGUAUUCAUGUCUACAGCUUUCUUUAUAUCUUUAAAGGUGCAUCACCAGCUGUGAUAGAUGUUAGGUUUUUGUUGUUGUUGUUUUUAUACCCAAAAAAGACACCACUGUUGUAAGAUAAAAUAACAAGGCUUAGUAUGAUUUUGCUGUUAGCACUGAAUCUAUACUGUAGCCAGAAUUACUCAUCUCUUCUGAUAGAUAGCUAUUGUUCUAGGCCUGGCAUUAGCAUACAUGUUUUUAUGAGUUCAUAUAGCAUCUUUGCACAUAUAAGCAGCGAUGGUUUUCUUCAAUAGGCAACAUAUUUGCUGACAGUACAGCACAGUACAUCAGAAUGUGCAGACAGACUGCUUUAUGGUACAUGGUGUUAGCAGAGUUGAAGCCGAGGAGACAGGUGCAUGGCAGGGUGGGAGGCAGGCCAGCCCUGCAGCAAGGGGCAUUCUCACACACUGGCCUUUGCAGCACUGACAAUCUGUAGUCCUCUCUCUCUGAGCAGUCAGCCGGGCACUUAGUCAAAUUUAGGUAGAGUGUGCACAGAAAAGAGUGAGAAAUUUUCAGACAAGAUUAAAAAUAGUCUUCAAGGGACCAGCAAAAAAAACAAAAAACAACUCUUACGUCAGAUUAAGUGUUAAAGUCAAGAUUAUCAGCCAUUUUUGAAGGCUUUGACAACAACACAUAAUAGAAAGUUAGGGGUGAGACAGAUUUAUAUAAGUUGUUCUUAUUGUUUGGUUCAUAACGAGACAACAGCUGAGAUAAAAAUACCUAUACUUAUCAUGUUUGUCCUCCAUUUUACUCAUCUCUUUGGUAGACUUGAAGUGGUUUGAUUUUGUUCAAUAUUAUAUUUAUGAUAUUGUUAUAUUACACUCACAAUUUAAUUAAAAAGCAGCAAGAGACAGGUGUAUGUUUUACACAUCAAACAGAUCACAAUCAGACUUUACUCCCUGAAGUUGUAACUUUUCUAUUUGAAAUUAUCUGAAGCUUAUUAACAGUUUUUUUGACAGCAUGCUUGGUAUUAAAUAUCCUGUUUUACAUGGUGUCACACGGAGGCACUCAUGAAGAUGCUAUGGUGUGGUUUUGUUCCCACAGCGUACAAAGAGAAGAUGAAGGAGCUGUCUGUCCUCUCCCUUAUCUGCUCCUGCUUCUACCCAGAGACACGCAACAAGCUCGUGCGUGAGUUUGAAGGUAGAGAUCAGCUUAAACCUGAUUUUUGAGCUUGAAUACUCACCUACACAAUACAAGGGUGUUAUUGGCAUGAGCUGCAGUGUUAUCGGAAAGUGGUUUUUCUUUUUUCUUAAUAAUUUUUGGUUUCACAGACAUGGAGGUGAAGCCUAUAAACAAGCGGGCCUCUGGUCAGGCCUUUGAGGUGAUCCUCAAGCCUCUGUCUCCGGUGUCAGAUGUGGCUCACAACCUCCCCUCACCCCCCAAGCGGGACAUCUCCCUGGAGGACAUUGAGAAGAAACUGGAGGCUGCUGAAGAGCGGAGGAAGGUGAAUAUUUCAGCUGGAUGACUUUGGCUGCUUUUUAUGAUGUCAACAAAUAAGGCCUUAGACACAAUGCUAUUCAAAACCACUGAGUGUAUGUGAUUAUUUUAAUAUAACUUUUGAAUUAAAUUUUUAGAUCCAAGAGGCUCAUGUAAUGAGAGCUUUGGCAGAGAAGCGAGAGCAUGAGAGGGAUGUAUUGCUGAAGGCCAUGGAGGAGAACAGCAACUUUAGCAAGAUGGCUGAAGAGAAGCUGCAAAUGAAGAUGGAUCAGAUCAAGGAGAACCGUGACGCCCAUCUGGCAGCCAUGCUCGAGCGUCUACAGGAGAAGGUAAAGACGUACACAUUGUAGCUGUUGGAGAGAAAAACAGCAACAACAGAAUCAAGAAGAGAGGAACUCUACCUGAUUUAUUCUCACUUUUUUUAUCUUUUCAGGAGAGACACGCAGCUUUGGUGCGCAAGAACAAGGAGCUGAGAGAAGAGCUGACAGCAUGAACCCCACACAAGCCCUGACUUUCAUGGUCCAUCAACGUUCUCCGACAAGCCCCAACCCCUCCCCCCCUUGUCCCACCCUCACCCUCCUCAGUACCAACACCCGCCCCUUGGCAGCGAAGAGGUUUGAAGGACCUCACCAUCACAUCACAAAACACCACACCACACCACCAGUACUCACUACUAUCAGUAUUAUCAGUGGAUACAAGCAUCAGUUACACUCAUCUUGAGAGUUGAAUGGAUUUGUUCAUUUUAGAGAAAAUUAUAUGGCUUUUAUUUUGUAAAUACUCUUUUCUUAAAAUCUAUCUAUCUAUCUAUCUAUCUAUCUAUCUAUCUAUCUAUCUAUCUAUCUAUCUAUCUAUCUAUCUAUCUAUCUAUCUAUGGUGGUAGGUGAGGUACUCUCUGUACUGCUCUGUAUGAUUUCAAACAUUUUGUUUGUGAUUGAUAAAUGUUUCAGUUCUUGAAAUUUUGACUCUACAACCAUUUUUUUGUGAAAGAACUCUGUGUUGUGAGUUGGCUGUUGACUGACAUUUUGCAGUGUUUCCUGAUGAUGUCAUGACGAUAAUGAUGAUGAUGAUGAUGAUGAUGUUUCUGUGUCUUUGCGAAGAAUUACGAUUGGUGUAUACCUAGACUGCGGUACCUUCAAGAUAGCAACGUAUCCCAUCUGUAUUUUCCUCACGCACGCAUACUCUUUUCAACACGCACGCUUGGAUUUCGAGAAUAUGCCAAAAAUGGAAACACAACACAGUUUCAUAAAGCGUCCACUUCCUCUUUAAACGAGCUUGACUAAAAACUUGAUAGGUGCUUUAUUGUUACUAAGAAUGUCUUUGGCCAACGGGAGCAACUGUUUCUACACUUACAGAUCCCCUUUUACUCUGAAAACUUUAUUUCUCAAUGAAGAGAUCUUUAGCCAAAUCAUUGCUCCACACAGUAUUAGGGGAUCAAUCUCUUGAAUGUUAUGACACCGUACUGGUACCUGCUGUUGCUCCCACCUUGAUAUCGCUAGUGCAAACGUAACAUGCGUCUGCGUGGGUGUGUGUGAUUGUGGAUUUAACCACAAGGCAUCACUAGCCUCUGCUCUCUUUAAGGGGGUGAGAUGGGGAAUGGAUGCAGGAUGCUUUACAUUCAGCACACUGAACUAGUCUCUUUUUAAUAUUCAGUAUCACUGAUAUCUGCCUGCAUCCUCUGCUGCUUGUGUUUCUCCCUUCAUAUAUUUCUCUGUGAAAGCUUUGCUGAAUAAAGGUUUGGGAUUCUGUGAACAUAUGGCAUGCACCAUCUAAUACUUUUCUGUGCUAAAAGUGGAGGGAAAAUGUAAACUGCCAAAUAAAAGAACCAGUUAUCUACACAUCCUGAGAAUCACAGUCGUCUUCCGGUU